UUGUGUCAGAAGAAAAUGAGAUGUGCUUCUUUCUGUGUGGAGCACGAGUCAGAUUUUCCCCUGCGGACUACGCAUUAGUGACUGGGCUCAAUUUCGGGGGAUCGAGGUUCGAUGCGACAUUACAGCACGACUGCAGUCGCGUGGAGGCAUACCGACGAUUCUGCGGUACGCGAAGCAUGACCAUACAGUCGCUUAUCAAACGCGUGUGCGAUUUGGAUCAUCGAGUGGAUGAUGAGGAUGGGAGCCUGUACCUUCGUGCUGUCCUCGUGUGUGUGGCUCACACCCUUGUUCUUGGGUUGGAUACGCGGGUACAGCCGUGGCUUUGGGUUUUGGUGGAUGAUCUGGCUACAUUUGAUAGAUUCCCCUGGGGCGCGUAUUCGUAUAAGAUGUUAUGCCAUUAUACGCAUGAGAUAGGAACCGGCGAGAAGUAUCACUUCUACGGUCCUUCGUGGGCUUUAUAUGUCUGGGCAUUGGAGCGCGUCCCGGGCUUCGGACACAUGGUCGCAGCAUCUAGCGGUGAUCCGACAGCGCACCCUCGGUGUUUGAGAUGGAAUUUCAGGGGUAAGCCCCGGCUUCACGGUCUGCGCGAUCUAUUCGAGGGACAGGGUGGUGUCCUGCCCCUGGAGCCCGAUGGUGACGAUCUGUCGAAUCACUACUUCAUAUCAGCGCUGACACCGGGCGAACUCUCGGUGAGCUUCAGGCCCCCCGACAACCCAUUAGCUCGGGGUGUCCAAUUUCCACAGCAGACCGGAGCCCGUGUUAUGGAGGAGCGCGGGGACGAGGAGGAUGUACCUAGACAACCUCGUAUGACUCGCAGUCACAGUGUUCGGGGCCCUGUGAGGGAUGCUCGACCCCACGAGCCGGCUCGUCAUUCAGUAGAUCCGGGCAAGCGCCCAGCGCCGCAUACUUCUUCAUCGUCGAGCGAAUCUCGGACUGUAUCCAGUCCCAGCGAGGGUGAGGUGGACCGUAAGUGGGUGAAGAAGACGAUCCGUCAGGAGAUUAAGAAGGCCUUCGAUAAAUUCGUGGAUAAACUGAAGGGCAAGGGUAAAAAGGAUAGGUGCAAGAAGAGCAAACAUUUCCCAGUGCCCGACUCCCCUGAUGAUGAUGACCAGCGACGGUCCCCUGAUGAUUACCAGCCACGGUCUCCUCCACAGCGACGGUCUCCUCCACCCAGUGCUUCAGGGCCCGACGCUUCAGGGCCAAGCGUUUCACGUCCCUGCGACGACGACCCCCGCGAUGAGGAACCACGCCAUCCAGAGACCCAGGCAGAGCAGUCACGCCCUUCAGAUUAUGCCCAUUCCCGCCCAGCAGAGACCCCGGAUUACAACGAGCAGUGGCGGGCCAUAAAUCAGUCUGUUCAGGGCGACUACACACCGACAGAGCAGACUUUUGACUGGUCGACCCAGGUCUACCCUCAUUGAUCUUCCCCAUUCCUGAAGCCGCAGUAUAGCACAGAGACCUCGAUAUUCUUUGCUGAACCGCUCACUUCUAUUGCACCACAUGAGUGGGGACAGUCCAGUUCGGCAGGGCAGGCUCAGACGGAGGAGCCUGAGCCACAGGCAGAGCAGCCACAGGUACUGCUGCUGCAGCACCCAGAGCAGCCGCCGGCAGAGAAGCCGCCAGCAGAGCCCCCGCGUCGCAGUCAGAGGGUGAGGCGUCCGUCUAACUUUCAGAGAUCGCCUUGGGUUAAUAGCCGAAUGCCACGUCCAGUGACACAAUACUGCAGUGACCAUUAUGAGAAGUGGAUGGCUAGGUGUCGAGAGGGUAGGGGUGGUGAGAUUUAUGUCAAGGCAAGUGGUGGUUUGCGGGAGUACGACGACUUCGCGCGGGUGGAUAAUGUCAGCCAGGAAUUCACAACUGGGGAUAUUGACUUGUAUUUCUUGACCUUGAGAAAUAGACUUCGAGGUUCCCUGGAUUUACUGGAUGACGUAGAUAUGAAUAACACAAUCAUAGUAGACACAGAUUGGUUUAUAUACCUCAAGAAAGAGUGGGGCGCUCUAUUGGAUAAGUGGGCAGGAAGUGAGUUCGGCCCCGAGGAGUUUCAUGUAUUGACUAGCACAGCAAUGGCUGAUGAUUGGG